GUGAACACGGGAAAGCGGCAGAAUGGAGCUGAACACUGGAGUGGGCUGAGGGUGAGGGGCGAGGGCCUGUACAGCUGGGUGGGGUCCUUUGGCCACCAAGGGUUGGAGGCAGGCUGAGCUGCUUUUUGGUGCCCACCAGCUGAGGGAUGGUAGGAGGGCCCCCCUCCCCGCGCCCAGUCUCACCGGCUCGGAGGCGCCAGGGCCCCCCCAAGGGCCAGGGCGGGCUGGGGAAGGUAAUGUAAUUCCGGCCCAGCUAACCCGAUUAUGGCGGCCUGCACCGGGCAGGGCGGCGGCGGGGGCGGGUCUAAGGCUCAGGGGCCCGCCCGCAGGGGUCCCAUCCCGGGGAAGGAUGCAGGGUUCACACACUCCCAGCGCCUGGGUCCGCGGCCAAAGGUCACGAGGUCACUGAGCAGCCUGGCUCUUUCCCCACCUCCCUUGUCUGACAUGCUCCAGGCAUACUUUCUGGGGCUUGGGUGGGGUGCAGACUCCAUGGUAAAGGAGGCGGGUGAGAGCCCUUCUGGGCUUCAGCGAGGUCCCACGUGUCGCCUGCGAUGAUUUUGCCCUCUCACUUUUGAGAGGGAGAGAGUGUGGGAGAAGGCGCAGGAUGGAGGGGAGCAGAGCCACGCCUUGGCACCCCUAUUCUCCGCACUUUGCAGCUGGGGCCAGAACGCCAGCCCCAAGCCCCUUCACCCCAGGUUGGCCACAGCUGAGCCACCAGUCUUCUUUACUUAUUUUAGAAAAUCGAAAUUGUGAGAAACAUAGGGCACCCGUUACUGGCGUGCCGGUACGGAGCUGGGGACCUCACGGAAGAGGCGUGCGGUGCCCUAGGACCAUGAGCCCCGAGGAACUGAUCCCCGCCCUAGCCCACCGAACGCGCCCUGCCAGCCCUCCCCACACCUGAGCUUUUCCUUGGGCCUCCAGAUCGCGGGUCGCCGUUCCCAGCAGCUUCUUACGCAGCCAAGAAGCCACAACGAGAUUUGGUUUUAGAGGGUAUUUAGGCGGGAGCCACAACGAAUCCCAGAGUUGGCGAGCAGGACCCAUCGGGAGGCGGAGAGUGGGGGCUGAGGGAGGGGGCACCUGCCGAGGAAGCCGGCAAGGCCGACGAAGCCCAAAGGCGGAGGCCGGCGAUGAUGGAGGCGCGGUGAGCAUCUUGGCUGACUCAGCGGCCGGCCGGGGCUGGGGCCCCUCCCGCGCAGAGCUUGGUCCCUAACAGCCUCGCCCUCCCCCGCCCCGCAUAGCCUGACCGGCCAGUCUUCCCCCCCGUGUUUGGCGCAAACAGGCGAGGCGUCCCUUCCCCUUUAACGGCCGGGCCCCGCCCCUGCCCUACCUCCAGCCCCCACUAUCCACCCGGGGUGAUCUGUCAGUCACUGCCCUUACCGGAGCGGGCCAACCCUCUCCACCCGGGACUUGGACAGCGGCCCGGCAGCCCAGCGUCCAUCCGCGCUUCAGCGCCAGCAAGGGAGCUCCUGCCCCCCGCCCAGGCGGUGCUCCCCCCGGGAUGCGAGUCCCUGAGUGGACCCCCGGCAGCGGCGGGCACCGGCGCUGUUGCUCCCGGUGCACAGAGAUGCUGCUGUUCCGGGGACCCCGGCGCCCCGCCGUGGCGGACCCCGAGGGCCCCUGAGGCCGCCGCCUGGAGCGCAUCACCGCUGGGCUCCGGCAGCUGCCCAAGGCAACCUCCCCAACCACCGCACCUCCCUGCAGCCUUUCCAGGCCAAGACCCAUGGAGCCGGCGGUACUGGCUCCGCACAACCUCCCGCACCACGAGCCAAUCAGCUUUGGCAUCGAUCAGAUCCUGGGCGGCCCAGAACCCCCCGGGGGCAGCCUAGGCUCGGGUCGUUUGAGCCAGAGCCAUGGGGAGAGCACAGCGUUCCCGGCCGGAUUUCACGGAACCGCCGCGGGUUACGGUCCCACAGGUUCUUUGGCCUCGCUACCCAGCUCCGGAGUGGGCCCGGGAGGCGUGAUCCGUGUCCCGGCUCACCGCCCGCUGCCCGUGCCGCCGCCCGCGGGAGGCGCUCCUGCAGUGCCUGGGCCCUCGGGUUUGGGCGGCGCCGGUGGCUUAACGGGACUCACCUUCCCCUGGAUGGACAGCGGCCGCCGCUUUGCCAAGGACCGGCUCACGGCUGCGCUCUCGCCCUUCUCCGGGACGCGCCGCAUAGGCCACCCCUACCAGAACCGGACCCCGCCGAAGCGGAAGAAGCCGCGCACCUCCUUCUCCCGCUCGCAGGUGCUGGAGCUGGAGCGGCGCUUUCUGCGCCAGAAAUACCUGGCCUCGGCAGAGAGAGCCGCACUGGCCAAGGCCUUGCGCAUGACCGACGCACAGGUCAAGACAUGGUUCCAGAACCGACGCACCAAGUGGCGGCGCCAGACGGCAGAGGAGCGCGAGGCUGAGCGGCACCGUGCGGGCCGCCUGCUCUUGCACCUGCAACAGGACGCGCUCCCGCGGCCCCUGCGGCCACCGCUGCCCCCGGACCCGCUCUGCCUGCAUAACUCGUCGCUCUUCGCACUGCAGAACCUGCAGCCUUGGGCCGAGGACAACAAGGUGGCUUCCGUGUCCGGGCUCGCCUCUGUCGUGUGAACUACACCUGACUGGCCGAGCGCUCUUUCCGGACCCAGGCGCUGCGUGCAGAGCUGGGCCCAAGGCAGUGGAACCCGCGGUCGCCGCGCCCACGGUCCCGCGACCGCCGAGCAUGUGAGGAGCACAGGCCUUGAGGCUGUCGUCGAGGCCUCUUUCGCCACCGGCAGGUUCCUGGCCGGCGUUGAGCGGGUGCGGGGCGCACUCAGACACGACCUUUCCCGCCAUUUUUCGCAACUGCCGUUAUUCGGCGGCUGGAACCCCAGGCGCAAGGAGGCGGGACCUACAGGACUGUAGCCAAUGAGGUGUGGGGAGGGGGCGGGCUGGCCAAUGGGAGCUGCUCUCCUGCGGGACUCCGGACCAGCUGAUGAGGGGCCCGGAGUUGGAGUUCCCGCGGGCGUGAGCCGCGCUCGCUGUAGCGCGUGCUGACUGGGUCUGCGCCAAAGGAAACGAGACGCCAGCCGCCGCGGAGUCAGGGAAGAGGUGCCGCAGCUCGAGAGUCUGGCUGCUUCUGCCAGGAACCAGAGGGCUGUCCACACGGGGCGUUUCAUCCCUCGACUGUAAAAUAAGCGCUAAGGAUUUCUUCCUGA